AUACAUUCCCCGAAAAACUGCUAGGAAAACCUGCUGUCCUCAGAAACAUGAUGACCCCAACCCUUAACAUCCUUCUGAGUGUCGCUGCCAUCUACUUCGUUCAGCGUAUAACCGCAACUCCAUGUCCCCAAGUGGCUAUCUGGGAGUCAACCUAUUCUAUGGUUGGAUACCAAAAGAAUCUUUCUGGUUUUGUAUGGGUUCAUCCCAGAGACAACCAAUUUGUCGUGACAUGCAACCCCUCCUGUAGUGGAACUUCAACCUACAGCGCUACUUACAAUGAUACACAGUCUACCCUGACUGUAGGCAGAAUCUCAGUGGAUGAUUCCGGGUUUUGGCGGAUCAAAGACGCAAAUGUAGACAUAUAUACUCCAAUAUGUAAUCUGACGACAGCAAAUCUGCCUACUUGCAACAUUAGCAGUGAUCUGGAUCCACUUUCCCUGGAACUCGGGACAGUUCUCUCUAUAACAGUGAACAUCAAGAACUACUCCUGUUCGGACCAAGCCGGGUUUGACCUUACCACUGGUGACGUCACCGAGACGUUGCUGCGUAAUGAUUACGCUACACUCAACACAAAUGAGGUUCUAAACAGCACCGUGAACGUUACAUUGACACGGCUCGGGGACGUCCGGCUCAACUUCACCUGCCUCGACACCAGCUGGGAGCUUGACUGCACUGGUGUCAAACAGUUGUUAAAGAGCCCGCCAUCAUGCAACAUCAGCAGCGAUGUUGAAACGGACGACCUUGAACUUGGUACAGAGGUGACCCUCUCAGUGGACAUCAGGAACUACUACUGCUCCAAACAGGCGGAGUUCAACCUCACCACCGGCAGCGCCAAGGAGGUGCUGCUAGCUAGGCAUGACGUGGAUGACAUUUCAAGCGCCUUCCCAAACACAACCUUCAACGCCACAGAUGAGAGAUUCGGAAAAGUUCUUGUCAAGUUUUCCUGUGAUAACUUCGACAAGGACCUGAUCUGUGGCGGCAUCAAGGAACUUGUUAAAAGGCUUCCUUCAACAACAGCAGCGACGACAUCUCCAUCAACUACGCCUCCAGAUACACCCAGUCCAACCGGCACAACCACAACAGUUGGAAGCCCUGCUCAAGACCCUGAUGUUCCUGUUGCCCUCAUUGCUGGUGUCUGUACUGGUGUGCUUGUGCUGGUCGUCAUCGUGGUCGUCGUUGUACUGAACCGCCGGAAAAUCACAGCUGUUGCCAGAAAAUACAUAGUCACCCGAAAGACACAACAUGGUCAGUUUGAGGACGAACUGGAGAGCUCCACAAGUGAACCAACCCUUGACAUGAAAGAUAAUGUAGCUUUCGAUGAAAUCAAGCUAGACAAUGUUGAAAAGGUUGCAGACAGCGAGCAUGAAUGAUGACACAUAACGUUCCCAUAUUCUUAUAACAAGGGUCUUCAGCAACCCAUGCUUGCCUUAAAAGGCGACUAUGCUUGUCGUAAGAGGCGACUAACGGGAUCGGGUGGUCAGGCUCGCUGACUUGGUCGAUACGUGUCAUAUCGAUCCCAUACUGCGUGGAUCGAUGCUCAUGAUGUCAAUCACUGGAUUAUCUGGUCCAGACUCGAUUAUUUACAGACCGCCGUCAUAUAGCUGGAAUAUUGCUGAGUGCGGCUUUAAACAACAACUAACCUUACCUAACCUAUAAUACGGGAGAAAUUGUCAGUUUGUAUUUUUGUUAGUUUGAGAGAGAGAAAGAAAGAGAGAGAGAGAGAUAGAGAGAGAGAGAGAUAGAGAG